AUGCCCUGGCGGCCUCUGCCUCGAAUCGCCUUCGCUGUCGCCAUCUACCCCUUCCAACCGUCCACCCCGGCCGAUCUACCGCUCGAGCUUGGCGAUGAACUGUACAUAAUUGAGCAGGGGGGUGUCAAUGGAGAGUGGUGCCGCGGGUAUCUCGUCGCUCCGCCAUCGCUGUUGGCAGGCUUAACCAGCUCCAAGGGCCAGACUCUGGAAGCGCGUGUUUUUUCGGGAAUUUUCCCCCGCAAUUGUGUCGAGAUUCGCGAAGUUCUCGGAGAUGCCGAUGGACAACGAGAAUUGACGAAUGGAGAUCGCCUCAGUGCCGAACCGACAGAAAGCUUCACGGGGGAUACCAGGCAGAGUCUCAGUUCUUCCCAUUACGAUGAGACGUUGGCCGGGGAAGUUUCCGACGUGGUGAUUGCGAAAAAGGGAAAGCCGUCGCAAAUCUUUAUUCACAAACCGGAUGACGAAAACCCAUCCAGUCCACGCUCGAUCCAUAAUGGUCUCGGGAUUUCACGUAUGUCCAUGGCUGUAUAUCCCAGGGAUCCCAACGAACCCAAGCCAGCCGCCCCUGUUCCCAUGCUCAAGAUCGGUGAUGAGACUCCCACUUCGCUGUCCGAACCACUGGUCGAUGAGAUUGCGUCGUGCCUGCGUGAAUGGCAUUCUACCAGUCUCCACCACCUCUUGCUGGGCCGGCAAUAUAACCUUGUGGAGGACUUGACAAACAUCGUCAAAGAGCUCGACUUCGCCAGGCGACAACUUCUAUACGAUGUGCUCACGGCACGGGAGAAGGAGGGGUUACGGCGCGAGGUAGUUUGGAAAUUGGUUCGGGGCAAUAAAAUGCUAGGCGGAGACGUCAUUGUUCGAGACCCGGAGCAGCGGGGGCGUUUGUUAACUGGAGAGGACUCGGCUAUUCAGUUAGCAAGGCUUCAGUCCGAGAUGAGCAUGUUAGAAAGCAGUCCUACGCAUCAGCCAGAUACGGCAACGCUCCAUCAUCUACUCCUAGAGAUCAAUGCCGUCUCGGGUAACGCCCCAGGGCCUGUGACCCUGGCCUUUUCUCUAUGUACUCAGUCCGAGACCGGUGCCCUCAAGCCUUUAUCCGAAACCUACCUUCUACACAUUCCAUCACCAGAGAAAUUCGCAAGUAUGGGGCAGAGCAACAAGCUGAAGACGCUCUUCACCGAGCUCUGCAGCACUGAUAUCGGCGACGCUUCUGCAAACGGUCCUAACCUGUACCUGGUGGUGGCGGUUCGGGCGUCAGAAACCACUUCCAUGGCCGUCCCUUCGUCCCAGCCAAGGUCGCCGGUUUCCCGGGAAGGCACUGCCACCUCUAAGCCAUCGGCGUCGCUCAAUCAAUCCGUCAAAGGCAGUUUGAAGACUCGCCGGAGCAUGAUAUGGACAUCGAAACCGCGAGGUAUCCAUAGUACUGAGCCAGGAAAGGAGGGCCCUCGGGGCCCGCCCCAUUCCACAGAGAGCACGUCCAGCAACAUGGAACGCAACGGUAACCAGUCUGGAAAGGAUUCCACCCAGGUUCGCACUCUGGGGGUUGGCCUUGUAGAGGUUUCCCCGAUUCUCCGACAAGAUAAAGACGUGGAGCAAGUGAUCCAUAUUUGGUCACCUUCUGAGGAAAGCGACGACGAUGACGCGCAUGAAGAUGGCUUCGACCACUUAAUCCGCACGCUUCUUCCAAGUCGCACGGGGAAAUAUGUGAGGUCCCCCCGGGCUGCACGGCUCCAUCUUCAUCUGCAUCCUUUUGUGAGUUCCGACUCCAACGCUCUAGUUCGAGAAAAUCCUACGAUCAUGUACAACGUCGUUCAGACAAAGAAAAUUGGCUUCUCCAGGCCCCUACGAAACCGAGCGGGACAAGUCCCGGUGCCCGCGAGUACGGCGUUUCGCAAUUUACAGCUGACUCUCGAAGUGCGGACAUCUUCAGGGGCGCGAAUAGAACGAUGCAUCUUCCCCUCGUCCGACAACACGGCUCAUACUGCAUGGAGGACCACAGUAGUCGAACGAGGCACGCCAUGGAACCAGACCAUCCGCCUCAAUGUCCCCGCGGAUGAGAUUCCAGGGUCUCAUCUAAUUAUGAGUAUCGCCGAUGCCCCUGAGUUCCCUUUUGCUUUAGCUUGGAUGCCGCUCUGGGAUAACCAGGCUUUCAUGCGAGACGGUCCACAUUCGCUGCUCCUACACGCUUAUGAUAAGUACACCUCCAAUAUUGAGAAUGGGAAGGGCGCUUACCUGUCCCUCCCCUGGAGCUCGCUCGGCAAAAAUAAAUCCGCGAAAGACGAGGCAAUCACGGGACCACUAGCCACACUGCGCCUCGAGACUCACUUAUGUAGCACCGAAUAUUCGCAGGACCAGGUGUUGUUGAGCCUCUUGAAUUGGAGGGAACGGCCGGUGGACGAGGUAUUAGACACCCUGAAGCGGAUUCUCUUCGUCCCCGAAAUGGAGAUUGUUAAGCAGCUCCGCAGUGUCUUCGAUGCACUAUUUGGGAUUUUGGUGGAGAAUGCCGGGAACGAAGAAUACGAAGACUUGAUAUUCAACGGUUUAGUGACAGUCCUUGGUAUUGUACAUGAUCGGCGGUUCAACCUUGGCCCACUCGUGGAUAACUACGCAGAAAGCCAAUUCAACUUCCCCUUCGCCACUCCAUGCCUAAUUCGAAGCUAUUUGCGCCUCCUCCAAGCCAGUUCGGAUCCCCAGCAGGCGCGGAGUCUUCGCGCAACCUUCAAAGUGGGAAGGCAUAUCCUUAAGUUCAUCAUCAAUGCUAGGGAACAGCAGAAAGUGAAGGAAGAGGGCAUUGGCAUCACCCGGGUCCAGUCGACCUUCAACCGAGACUUGCACACAAUAUUCAAGUCCCUCCAAACCCUGAUGAAGAACACCUCACCCUCCAUGGUUGGGAGCAAGACACUUGUGGUUCAACAUUUCCACACAUGGCUACCUGAGCUAUCAAAGGUGUUGCCGAAGGACGAGAUCAUCAUGAUUGCUCUCAGCUUUAUGGAUUCGUGCAAGGAUGUAAAAGGCAUGCUUGUCCUGUAUAAAUUGGUCCUGAUUCAGCACUACACGCGCCUAGAGAUAUUUAGCUCGGGAUCGGAAAGACGAAGCUUGAUCUCGAGCUGUAUCGGUUGGCUAGCGCCUUACUGGGGAGCGACGGGCUCCGUGUCCGAUUUAUAUCGCGACCAAGUGCGGUUGAAUUGUGCGAUUGUGGCAGAGCUACUGAAGGAGCCAGAUCCAUACCUUUAUGAGUUUAUGCCGUAUAUUGUUUCAUCAUAUUAUUCCAUCAUACCUGAUGGCGUGGAUAACACUGAAUACCUCUCUUUGUUGUUCAGCAAAUCCUUCCCCUUUCAAGUCAAGGUAUCAAAAAGUAGCCAGAAGUUUGAUGAAGCUCUUGUGGAAUUGUCUGCGGUCAUGGCUGCUAUGGCAGCUGUCCCCAAUCCCAAGCGACCGCGACUCAAAGGCCUUGAGCUUUCUACGUUUCUCUCUCAGGCCUUUGAAGUCCAUACUUCAAUCCUAAAUUGCGAGCCGUAUCCUGAGAGCUGGCUAAGUGUCCAUGUCUACAACCACCGCGCCACUGUAACAAGCCUCGAGUUCCUUGCGUCUAUCAUGAUCAACAAAUUUCUCCCAGCGCCGGAUGAUGCGGAAACGUUCGACACGAGGCUGUGGGAGAGCUUCUUCAUGACGUUGCUUAAAGUCGUAUCAAGCGAUGUUCUUGCUCUUGAGACCUUCCCAGAACAAAAGAGGCGCGCAAUUUGGAAGAUCGCGGGCGACGUUCGUGAGCAAGGUGCGGAUCUGCUGCACUCCAGCUGGGAAGCCAUUGGCUGGGAAACCACUGAUGACGAACGAGAACGUUUUGGGCUGAAAAGACUCGGCGGUUACCAGGUGCAAUAUGUUCCAGGCCUCGUUGCCCCUAUCAUUGAACUUUGCCUCAGUGUGCAUGAGGGAUUACGGCAUGUGGCGGUCGAAAUUUUACGGACAAUGAUCCUUAGCGAAUGGACUCUGAGCCAAGACCUCUCCAUUAUAGAGACAGAGACUAUCUCCAGCUUAGACAACCUCUUCAAAACCAAGAACAUGAGCGAGGGCGUCGUCCAAAAGCUCUUUAUUGGAGAGUUGCUAGAGUAUUUCGAAGGUUGCUCAUCUUUUGACCCGGAAUUGUCGGAUGCUGUUAAAGCGCUUAUAGCGACUGUGGAUGAGCUGCUGGAUCUCUUCGUCGCGUCUCAAGGUGGAUCGAUGGCCGAGAGCUUGCACACUCUGCGACUCAUGGAGUACAUGAAAGAUAUGGGACGAGAAGAUAUUUUCAUUCGAUAUGUCCACGAACUCGCUCAAGUUCAGGCUGCCGCGGGCAAUUUCACUGAAGCCGGCCUUGCUCUCCAGUUCCAUGCCGAUCUUUACGACUGGGAUACCAGACGAUCUGUCCCCGAACUUCUUACUCCGGCAUUCCCGGAACAAACUUGCUUCGAGCGGAAGGAAUCGUUGUAUUUCGCCAUCAUUCAAUAUUUCGAAGACGCAAAGGCAUGGGCACAUGCCCUGGUAUGCUACAAAGAGCUCGCGCAGCAAUACGAAGAUACGAUAGUGGAUUUCGCCAAGCUCUCACGGGCACAAAGCUCCAUGGCCAAAAUCUACGAGACGAUCUCGCGGGAGGAAAAGCAGUUCCCUCGGUACUUCCGCGUUCUCUACAAGGGACUUGGCUUCCCGGUCAGCUUGCGGGACAAAGAAUUUAUCUUUGAAUGCUCCCCGCUUGAACGCAUGGCCAGCUUCGUCGACCGUAUGCAGAAGGAGCAUCCUGCUGCAAAAUUUGUGUCGUCUGGGGAGAGUCAUGAUUACGAAGGCCAGUUCUUACACAUCAAUCCUGUCAAUGUCCAUCGAGACAUGACCCAUCCGGUGUAUCAAAGAUCCAAGGUUCCGCCCUCUGUAAGGGAUCAUCUCUUGAUUUCCGAACCUUGCCGUUUCACUUCGACGUUAAGAAAGCAUACCCGUGAGGCAGACGUUCACGAGCAAUGGGUAGAGAAGACCAUUUUCACUACUGCGGAUCCCUUCCCGAACAUCCUUCGCAGGAGCGAGGUGGUUGCCACCGAGGAGGUCUCCCUUUCACCCUUACAGACGGCUCUUGAGCGGACGUGGCGUAAGACCCAGGAAUUGUCAUUACUGCAAAGACGGGCGGCGUCUGGCGAAGAUUCGAACCUUUCAAACUUGACGGAGGCACUGCAGCACUUAUUAGAGCAGAAUUCUUCUUCAGCUGGCUGCGUGGCAGUUUACCGUCAAUUCCUGUCUGAAACACGCGGUGAGGACGAACAUGAAGACACACCAACGCCAGUUGAUCCCAUGAAGGACGCUCUAGCUGUGGCCCUGGUCGACCAUGCCUUGGCCAUUAAACAUGCUCUCACAAUGUUCCAUCGUCCUGCACAUCAGGCCACACAAGCUGAGUUGAUGCGCCGCUUCGAAGAUACCUUUGCUAUUGAACUGUCUACUCUUACCCCCUUAGGGCAGCAAACGCCUCACUUGACCCUGCCAUAUUCUCGGCCUUCCCCCGAGGCUCGUCAACGGCAGUCCCUGCAGCGAUCUACAAGCCCGGAGCAGGAAUUCAUCCGCUCUUCACGACAGGAUAGCUAUGCCCGCAAGCAUUCCCGCAAACAUUCGCACAAAAGCUCUGUCAGUCAUCGAAUCAGUGUUAUGAAUCCAUUCAAGCGCUCAAACCAUGGAGCGGUUAACUCGGUCUCAACGAUACAUGCAGUUGCGACACCGCAGCCAGAUGCCAAAGUCAAUGGAACAGAGGAUGCUCACAGAGUCUCUUCCCAGACUGAAGAGCCAAAUGCACAUGAUGAGGAUGCGGCGACGAUUCACAGUCAAACUACCAGUCGAUCUCGGGACACUCAAUCUAAGCGGCGGAGCUUCUUCGGGGAGAAACUGCACAAGCAUGCGUCGUCACUGUCGGUACCCGGGGCCAAGUCGGCGGAGAACUCGUCCCAGCGAUCUCGAAGUGCAUCCCGAGACGCUGCUGCAAAAUCCCAUGAAAGUCUCACCUCUUCCUCCGAACAGCAACAUAAUGGAACGUCUCCAAGCGAAUUGCCGUCGGUAACAAGUCCGACAACUGGAUGGUCCACUGUACCUUCGAUCAAGGACCAUCCACGACCCAUGACACAGAGCAGUGCAACUUCAAUCAGAAGUCCCGAGGUCAGUAGCCCUGGUAGCCAUGGACAAGGGCAUUCCAGUGGCAGCGUCCGGGAUUCUGUCAUGAAACGAUUCAGCCUCUUCAAGGGUGUUGGUCGGAAGGGUAGCCGUAUUGAUUUUAAGACCGACCCUCGUGGUAUGACAACCCAUGCAGAAUAA